AUGUUCAAUAUUAUUCAAUCAAUAAUAAUAUUAUCUGUUGUGUAUAUCAGUAUUCUAUCUGCUCGAGAUAUUGAACAAGAGACCACCGCAAUAGAAAAGUCAUAUAAUCGUGCUAAUAUCUUUGUGAAAUUACGAUCCGCAAAUGGUCGAAUGAUACUAUUGAUGUGCCGAAAGAGCAUUGGUUGUCAAAAACUUCGAAAAACGAUACCUCAAUGGAUUAAAGAAUAUAAUAAUGAGAAGAAUUAUUCAAAUUCUGAAUUGAUUCAUUACUAUUAUUAUCCUAACUUGGGAAAGAAGCUAGAUAUACUCAAUGAAACAAUCAAUUCUCAAGAGCCUGUGCUGUCUUAUGUUCUUGCAUCGAAACCUUAUAUCUUUACCGGAGAUGUAUACAGUCAGCAAAGUGUACUCAGUUGGAUAGUAGAGAUGGAUAAGUAUCAUUUGAUAGAACCAUCAAACAUUGAAGAUGCUAAACAGCUACUUGAUACAGAUGGUCUAGAAUCGAACUGUACACGGAAGUUUAUUGUGUUUAUGAAUAACAGGAAGAAAUGCCCAUCAGAUGACUGGCCAAUUAUUGCCAGAUUAGCUUCUCGUGAACAUAAUAUUACGGCUGUCUAUAUGCAAUCACCUUUGCCAGCCGAUAUAUUGGUAGCAUUGUUCAAAAGAAUGCCUGAAUUGGAUUCUUCUAGCUGCCAAAAUAUGUUUCUUAUAACACAAGAAAGCUAUUCAGUUCAAUUGACUGAUCAUUCAGCCGAAGAAAUGUCUCUUGUGAUAGACCAGCUUUUAUCGGGAAAUAAUCAAUCCUGUUCUGCCCUUCUCGAUUCUUUCUGGUAUCCAAUUCUUCCACCGUUAUCAGAACUUCAAAUUCAAUAUUUCUCCGAAGAACAUUUGCUUAUGGAAUUGGAACAUAAAAUAUCAUAUGUAUUGAUAGGUGUCGCUGGUGGCUGUGCUGUUUGUACAUUAGCUUUCAGUAUAUUUUGGGGAUUAAACGGGGGAGCAUUUGCUAAAUAA